UCAAUAUGGCUGCGCGCGUGAUUAUGCAAUAACCUCGGGUGUUGGAUAUUUAUUGUUUAUUAUUGAAUUACAACAAUGGCAUUGAGAUCAUCAGCACCCCAGGAACUUCCAAAAGAUGCGAUUGUUAUGGAUGAAAAUGAAGCGAUUUUGCAUCAGUGGACGAUUGUCAGGUCGUGGCCCAAAAUGACUGACGUUUGGCCUUUCAGAUUGGGAAUUCCAUUGCUGGGACUCGCUGCUACAAUCGGAGGUCUGACAAUCAAUGAACAUUUCCGGAGAAAAUUAAAAUUGCACAGAUAUGGAAAAUUGUCAACCUCUUUUGCCAUGGGAUUGACACCUGCGGUCAUCAUCAGUGCGGCCCAUUGUAUUUUUGUCACUCAUGACAUUUAUAUUAAUAAAUCAAAGUGUCUCCUGUGCCUGCAACAGAGAGCAAUGACUCUCCAAGUUGGAUUUGGAGUUUGCUAUCCCAUAAUGCUCUCACCCCUCGCAAAUUUCAUGUACUCAACGAGACAUGGCACGUACAGAUUACCGUACUGGGGGGACUACAAAGGCACCCUGAAGCUGUGGUGGAGGUUCGUAAAGGCUGGAAAAGAAAAAUUCAUCGCCCUAAUAUUAUUUGAAGCAUUCAUAUCUGCAUUUAUCUCCUACAAGGAGAAAGAGAGUCUCCUGAACAUUCAAUUGCAGAUGUUCGCUCUAGAGGCAGAACUAUUGGCGGAAUUGAAAGCAAAAAAAAAUCGGAAUCAACUAGAGAAACAAAAUUAAACCGCAAGACUGUACACCCCAAACGUUCCGUUACGUUAAUGGAAAAAAUCAUUAAUAAAUCGCUUCCUAAUUGUAAAAAAUAACAUCUUAAUUUUCAGUAUGAAAAUUUCAUUUUAUUGUACUCACUGUGAUACACGGUGCUAUUAAUCAUAUAUUUGAUAUAUUUUGUUAUUCUCGUGAACGAUUACAAAUUCUUUCAGUGAAAUAUUCCGUUUUAUUAUUUAUGAAAAGAUUAAAUCGCAAACAGAAGAGUUCAACAAUAAUUUGAGAUAUUUAUCUGAAAGUUUGUGUCUGAAUAAUUAUUCAAUCAUCAGGACAGAUUUGUCAAAAUUACUCAAAUAUUUAUAUUUAAAAUUUUGAUAAUUCGUUAAAAAGAACUUUCAAGAGAUAGUAACAAUAAAAAAUUCAAUUUAUCUUUGAAAUUACACUUGUGUGACGGCGACACAUACAUCACAUCUAUAAUCAUCAACAUUUCUUCAUUACAUUGUAUUCUUUCUAUUAUUAAUUAAUUAAACAAUACCCCACCUAAUUAUCCACUACACGAUUUUUUAUUGGCAGUUAAUUGGAUUUAUUACUGAGGCUUCAACACUCGUGGCAUCAAUGGAGAUCUCAAGCAAUCCCUAAUAAUAAAUUGGAGUAAGUAACGAACAGCCGAA